UGAGUUAUAUUGAAAUGGCUAGUGGUAACAUGAGCCAUCUUGGGUUAGCAUUUGUCCUGCUAACCCUGUGUUGGGGCGGGUCUAUGGCUCAGUCAGGGUGUACCAGUGUUCUAAUUGGAAUGGCUCCGUGCCUAAACUAUGUUACCGGAAGUUCCAAAACGCCAUCGUCUUCCUGUUGUUCAUCAUUGGCUAAUGUUGUUAAAUCGCAGCCACAGUGCCUUUGCACUGCCCUCGAUGGUAGCACGUUGGCUUCGCUUGGAAUCAAUAUUAACAAAAGCACUGCAUUAGGCCUUCCACGCGCUUGUAACGUGAAGACUCCACCUGUUAGUCGAUGCAACGCUGGAAAUAAUGCACCUACGAUGGCUCCAGCGGAAUCACCAGCGAAUUUAGAUGAUACAUCCUCAAAUGGACCUGCUCCAGCUAGCAUAUCUGUGCCGGAUCCAAACAAGUUGCCAUAAAUGAUGAAACUUCUGAUGAUGCUGGUGGCAACAAAGGAGUGUUACGUCCUUCUAUCGAGUGCUCUAGCUGUGAUGGCUAUGUUACCUCUACCAACUUUCAAGUAACUUAUUAUUACUAUGUCAAUAAUAAAUUGUGUGUUUGCAAUUACUUGUUAUUUAAUGUUUUGAUUUCAUGUUUUCUAAAAAUAAUGUAUUGUUGUGCCGAGUGUUGUAAUCGCUUGUUAUGUUUA